AUGAGCUUAGACUUCGCAUGUUACAUGUUAGCUGGAACUAGCAUUGGCCCAUGCUAUUGGCCAGCUGAUGUAGCUAUGACCACGGAUCCUCCCAUAGGAUACAUCGCUAUGAAUGACCACAGCGGACCACUUGUUGAGGACUCUGGAAGAGCAGAGUAUCAGGUCCUUGUACCUAUUUACGGCUUCACUCAGCAAGAUGACAGAACACUCUACAACGUCAAUUACAUGGCUAGAUCCACAAAGCUAGCGCGAUGGCUGAUGGGCUUCUAUUGGCAACCUGCAUUUACUACUGCCAUGUCUUUUGAUGGCGCAACAUACGGUCACCUGACUGACUACACUGUAGGAUCUUAUGACUCGCAAUUAGGAUACCUCAAUGUCAUUUCUAGCCCUGGUGCACAUGGACCGUCUACGUCGCCAUCUAUUCCAUCAGAAGACUUGAUGCAACCCUCGGGAUCGAUGAAGGUUCAAUGA